AUGACCCUUCAAGAUUUUGCUCAGAAUGCUUCCCAGUCAGGUAUACUUACACCAGAAGAAAUGGUUUUAUUCUAUGAGAAAUUUAGCGGAGUAGAAAGAACGUCCGAAGUAUGGAAUAUGUCAGAAACAAGAGCAAAAGAAGAUAUCUUACUAAGAUGUUGCAGAUUUGAUAGCUAUGGAAUUCGUAUUAUAUCGGCCACAGUGAGCACUUGUAAGGACGCACCAGGUAUAUUGUUUAGUAAGCCAGUGAAAAUCCACGGUGUUCUCUUGUUAGGCACCGAAGGGGAUGAAUAUAACGUGAAGUUAGAGGUUUGGUCUUGGAUAAUUGAAAAGGAAUUUAAUUCAGAACAGGAUAAUCGUGGCAUAUCUGGGUUUAAUGUCAUGUUACCCGUACCAAUCAAGGUUCAAGCUGAUGUUCCUGUUCAUCUGAAAGUCACCAUAACAGAUCGUUGUUGGACUUAUCUGGACGCGCCGCGUGUGAGAAAGACAGUAGAAACAAAUGGUAUUACUGUAAAUUUUGAAACCAAGAAAAAUAGUCAUUUUGAUGAAAUUAUCUUCAGUGAAAUAUUAAAAUGA